CAAGACACCUGGCGCCGAGGUUAGAUUCCAACACAUGCGGGGACUGGCCACCUUUAUUUCUACCACGGCGAAGAGCCAUUUGACAAACUCCGUAACCCGCAGGCCUUAGGGGAUGACCGUAUACCAUUUGUAGGACUUGCGCGUGAUGGAAGGCAACGACUCCUAUGUCAUCUUGGGGACACUGGAAGCUCCCUACAACGUUCGCGUGCUCGCAUUCACCCUGUGCCUGACCGUCUUUGUCGCCUCGCUGCUCGCCAACCUCCUGGUGCUGCUCUCGGUGGUCGUGCGCCCACAGCUGCACAAGCCCGUGUACGCCUUCAUGUCCAACCUCAUUAUCGCCGACAUCAUUGGCUGCACGGGCAGCUUGCCCCAGCAGCUCUACAUAUUUCUGACGAGGGACACGCGCAUCCCGCGCUCUUGCUGCAUCGCGCAGAUGUUUUCCAUGAACCUGUUCGUCGGCAUCGAGUGUUUCGCCCUCGCCUCGAUGUCCGUCGACCGCUACAUCGCCAUCUGCCACCCACUUCGCUACCACGCCAUCGUCACCGGCAAACGGACGCUGAUGGCCAUCGCUGCCAUCUGGGGCUUCGUGGGGGCCGUGCUUGUGCCCCUUACCAUUCUCGUCAACGCGCUAAAGCUGAGAGACGGCGACAGGCAGAUACAGGGCGUGAUAUGCGAUUACAUGGGGUUCGUCCGGCUGUCGCAGGGCGACACGCAGCUCCAGGCGGUCUACAGCACGGCGAUGGUCGUGGUGCUCUUCGUGGUGCCGCUGUUGCUGAUCGCGUACACGUACGCGAGGGUUAUCGUCGAGUGCGUGAGGACGCAGCGGAGCGAUUUCAAGGCGAAAGCGGUGAACACCUUUCUCACGCACUUCUUCAUGCUCGCCGUUUUCUUCGUCGCGAUCUUCCUCUCGGUCCUCGUGUCGCGCGUGGUCAAGGACCUGCAGAGCGUCCAAGCGAGGAACAUGCGCUACGCCUCCGGCUUCUCCACCUUCUUCAUCCCCAUGGCCAACGUCAGCAUCUACGUGUUCAGAACGAAGGAGCUGAGGAAGGAGAUGACGCAUUGGCUCCGUGCGAUUAUUCCGAGCAAUUUGUGCGGAGCGAAGGUCCACAAGGGAGGGUGGAUCGGCGCGGUGACUUUAAACCCAGUGCCUUUCCAGCGGGGAUGCGCAGGGGACAGCGAAUUGACUCAACAGCUGAGAGGGAGCGGUUUAAGGAGGAGGAGGUGGGCGAGCGCUUGCGUCUUGCGAGGCUGCGUGAUCACGUUGCUGGGCGCUGUUGGUGGUUGUGGCAAUAAACGGACGCCGUUGCGGCUCAUGAACAUCAACAACACCAUCACCGCCGUCGUCUUCUUCCUGAGUGCGAUGGCGGGCGCGUGGGAGAGUGGAGGCGCGGGCGCGCUGCAAAUUGGUCAAAUAAAUUGA